AUGACUGAACAGGAGUUAGUGGAUUACUUUAAAGCACAAAUGCUGAAAGACCCAGAUAUGGCUUCAGCUGUAGCUGCCAUUCGGACUCUGCUAGAGUUUCUGAAGCGAGAUCAAGGUGAAACGAUCCUGGGUCUGAGGGAGAGCUUGACAGCUGCCACAGACUGCCUGACAGGAGUAGACUCGUCUGUGGCUGUGUCGUCUGGAGGAGAGCUCUUUCUGCGCUUUAUAAGUCUUACUUCUCUGGAGCAUCAGGAUCUCUCAAGAUGUAAAAAAGUUAUGGAAGAGAGAGGGGAACUUUUUUUAGAGAAGAUCUCGAUGUCCAGAGCUAAAGUUGCCAAGCUCUGUCACACAUUCAUCAAAGACGGUGCAAAAAUUCUCACUCACUCCUACUCCAGAGUAGUGCUUAGAGUAUUAGAGAAAGCUGCAGCUGAGAAGAAACGAUUUACUGUCUAUGUCACUGAAUCGCAGCCUGAUGCAGCUGGUUUGCAGAUGGCAGAGGAACUAAGGAAGCUUGAUGUCCCAGUUACAGUGGUCCUGGACGCUGCUGUGGGAUAUGUUCUGGAGAAAGUAGAUCUCGUCAUUGUAGGUGCAGAAGGUGUAGUUGAAAGUGGAGGAAUAAUCAAUAAGAUUGGCACUUACCAGAUGGCGUUGUGUUCUAAAGCUCACAACAAGCCCUUCUAUGUUGUGGCGGAAAGUUUUAAAUUUGUUCGCCUUUAUCCACUGAAUCAGCAGGAUGUGCCAGAUAAAUUCAAGUACAAAGCAGAUACGCUGAAGUCUGUACAGAAUCUGUCUGAGGAGCAUCCAAGGAUUGACUACACCCCUCCUUCCCUCAUUACUCUUCUAUUCACCGACCUUGGAGUGCUCACGCCAUCUGCCGUCAGUGAUGAACUAAUCAAGCUCUAUUUAUAA